AUGCUGAUGUGCAUGCCAGCCUUCAUCGUCAGCAACUCCCACACAGAUUUGACAUCGGCUGCCUACGGGGCCAGCACAGUUUUCGACCAGUUUGUGCGAAUGCACAGUGGUGCCGGAAAUCGCACCCUCUAUGAGGAGACAAUGCUGAGGUACUUCUAUUACCACAACUGGUUCUCUGGAAACGCUGGCUGUGAGCCGGACCAAGCUUGCCCUGCCUUCUUCUUCGCUCACGCCUUCUGGGUGGGCUUUGCUGGGCGCUCCAAGUCAUACGCCCAGCUGCGCAACUUCACGGCGCAGGCGAAGUUGGAGCAUGAGGCGGUGGCUGCCUGGAACGCCAACAGCUUGGCCAUGCCAGGCCAAGACUACGUCUAUGUCAUGGGGGGCUUUCCCAGCGAGGCUCAAAGUUUGCUGAGCGGAGACUGGGACGUCGAGUGCCAGUACGGCGGCUGGAAACACGUGGGCACGUCGCUGCUUUCCACGACCCUCCAGGACGUGGUGUCAUACCCUGUGAGGUGCCCAGAUGAUCUUCGGCCGCAAGAACGCUUCACCAUCCGACCGUCCCUGAUAACACAGGAGCAGUUCGACGACUGGCACUUGGCCUUCUUCUUUGAUGCCAGGCCAUUCGUGAGAUUGGAGUCCUCCAACAACAUGAUGCUGACAGGAUUCAUUUGCCUCGUUCUAUGCGUCGCAUCGAUGCAGUUCUCCAAGGACGCAAAUGCACUCGUACUCCGACCGGUAGAGCGCAUGAUUGAGAAGGUCAACUUGAUCAGAGACAACCCCUUGGCUGCCAUGAAGAUGGCCGACGACGAGUUUAAGGGCGAAGAGAUCAAGAAGUUCCGAGACAAGAGGGGCAGGGUGCAGCAGCACGUGUGGCUUGAGAAGUAUGGCCUUGGCUGGCUGUCUGGCUGUAUCAACCUUUUCUCCUUCAAGGGCGGCGCGCAGGAUGAAGCGAUGAUGGAAACGGCGAUUUUGGAGAAGACAAUCAUCAAGCUUGGGUCCUUGCUGGCUUUGGGCUUCGGAGAGGCCGGGGCGAGCAUUGUCGCGGACAACAUGCAGGGCUUGGAUUCCGCCGGCGUGAACGCGAUGGUUCCAGGCAGCCGUGUGGACUGCAUCGUUGGCUCUGCCUGCAUUCGAGAUUUCAGCACAGCGACGGAAGUGCUGCAAGGGAAGGUGAUGACAUUUGUCAAUCAAAUAGCGGAGAUUGUCCAUGGACUCGUUUGCGAAUUUCAUGGCGCUCCCAACAAAAACAGCGGUGAUCGGUUUUUGCUGAUCUGGAGACUUUGCGGUCUGAACGAAGAGCAGCAAUCGCGGAUCUCAGAUAUGGCUAUGGUGUCCUGUGUACGGAUUUUGGGCUGUGCCCACAGCAACAAGACCCUUGCAGACUACCGCACUCAUCCUGGCCUAAUCCAGCGCUUGGGCGCUCACUGCCGAGUAAACCUCAGCUUUGGGUUGCAUCGCGGCUGGGCAAUUGAGGGUGCAGUGGGCAGCGAGUUCAAGAUUGAUGCGUCCUACCUGUCGCCCAAUGUGAGCAUUGCGGAGAGCUUGGAGCACGCCACAAAGGUCUACACAGUGAGCCUCCUUGCAUCCCAAGAAUGCGUGUCUCUGUGCUCAAAGGUCUUGGCGAGACAGUGCAGGCUUAUUGACAAGGUGAACAUGAAGGGGUCCAAAGUGCCCUUGAGCCUGUACGCCUACGAUGUGGAGACGCAACGUCUUCCGGUGCACGAGUUCAGUACCGUUCUGGAAUGGAAUGUCCGCCAGCGCUUCAAAGCUCGGCAACUUUUCGAGGUAGAGAAGACAAGGAAGUGGGCAGGUGACAUAGACGUGGUCCGAGAGUUCAUUUUCGAGAGCGCCGACGUCAAAGUUAUGCGCAAGCUCUAUACCACGGAAUUCCAACAGCUCUUCAACAUGGGGUACCAGAAUUACUCCCAGGGGGAGUGGCGGGUGGCUCGACGACUCCUGAAGGCCACGCAGGACAUGCUCGGCUUCCAGGACGGUCCCAGCACUGCAUUACUGACCUUCAUGGAAGCCUACCAGUUUGAGGCGCCUUCAAAGUGGAGCGGUGUCCGAGACAUCCCGCUGGCCAGGUGA